AUGAGUCACAGGUUUAGCUCCCAGUCUGCUUUUAGCUCGAGGAGCAGGAGGGCCUACAGCAGCAGGUCCUCCUCGGGCUUUGGCGGUGGGCGACAGGUUGUGGGAUCGGUGUGCCAGUCACGCGGGAGGUGCAGUGGCGGUGGUUAUGGAGGGGGGUUUAGCUCCCGAAGUCUCUACAAUCUGGGCGGUAGUAAAAGCAUCUUUGGAAGCCUAGUAGGGAGAAGCGCGAGUGGUUUUUGCCCUGGGGGAGGAGCAGGAGGAUUUGGAGCAGGAAGAAGUUUUGGGGGUGGUGGCUUUGGAGGCGGUGGCUAUGGUGGUGGCAGAUUUGGAGGUGGCUUUGGGGGUGCUGGAUUUGGUGCUGGAUUUGGUGGGUUUGGCGGAUUUGGUCCGUCUUUUCCUCCUGGGGGUAUCCAUGAGGUGACUAUUAACCAGAGCCUCCUGGAACCCCUACACCUGGAGGUAGACCCUGAAAUUCAAAGGGUCAAGAACCAGGAGCGUGAGCAGAUCAAGACUCUCAACAACAAGUUUGCUUCCUUCAUCGACAAGGUGCGCUUCCUGGAGCAGCAGAACCAGGUGCUACAGACAAAAUGGGAGCUGCUGCAGCAGGUGAACACCACGACUCGAACAAGCAGCCUGGAGCCCAUCUUCGAGAGUUACAUCAGCCAACUGCAGAGGCAGGUGGAUUUCCUGAACUCUGAGCGGUCGCACCAAAACUUGGAGAUCAGGAGCAUGCAGGAUGUCGUGGAGGACUACAAGAGCAAGUAUGAGGAUGAAAUCAACAAGCGGACCAAUGCUGAGAACGACUUUGUUGUUAUGAAGAAGGAUGUGGAUGCUGCUUUCAUGGGCAAAUCAGACCUGCAGUCCAAAGUGGACACGCUGUAUGGGGAGGUCAACUUCCUGAAAUAUCUAUUUGAUACGGAGCUGUCCCAGAUGCAGACACACAUCAGUGACACCAAUGUCAUCUUGUCGAUGGACAACAAUCGCUCCCUGGACCUGGACAGCAUCAUCGAUGCAGUGCGAGUCCAAUAUGAGCUGAUCGCACAGAAGAGCAAGGAUGAGGCCGAGGCACUGUACCAGACCAAGUACCAGGAACUGCAGAUCACAGCCGGGAAACAUGGAGAUGACCUGAAGAACAGCAAGAUGGAGAUCUCAGAGCUCAACCGCAACAUCCAGAGGCUGCAGGCGGAGAUCAACAGCGUCAAGAAGCAGAUCGAACAGAUGCACGGAUCCAUUUCCGAUGCAGAGGAGAGAGGAGAAAGGGCUCUCCAGGAUGCAAAGCAAAAGCUGCAAGACAUGGACGAGGCUCUCCAACAGUCUAAGGAGGAGCUGGCCAGGCUGCUGAGAGACUACCAGGCAAUGCUGGGGGCCAAGCUGUCCUUGGAUGUGGAGAUUGCCACCUACCGCCAGCUGCUGGAGGGCGAGGAGAGCAGGAUGUCGGGGGAGCUGCAGAGUCAAGUGAGCAUCUCUGUGCAGAGCAGUCAGGUGACUGUAGGCGGCGGCAGCUACGGUGGCGGCAGCGGCGGGGGUUCAGGCGGUUACGGCGGUGGAUAUGGCAGCAGCUCCCGCGGGGGCAGCGGCGGUUACGGAGGAGGAGCAGGCUCCCGCGGGGGCGGCGGGAGCUACGGCUCGAGCAGCAAAAGCAGCAGCAAAUACAGCGGCGGCGGCGGAGGCGGCCGGAGCGGCGGCUCCUCCCGCACUCACAUAGUGCAGACUUCCACCCACAGUUCGCGCAGGCGCGUGGUGGAGUAGCGAGAAAGCGGCUUCAGUACCUCUCCUGCCGCCCUCCCCCGCACGCCCUCCCGGGCUCUCUCACCUACCUUUUCCCAACGGGUCUCAGCAAGCUUCCAGGUCACUUCGCUCUAGAUGGGGAAGCAGGUCAGAUUUACUGCCUUUUUAUUUCGUUAAAGACACAUGGUUACUCCCGCACCCCUCCUCUGUCCCUCCAAUGUCCUGAUCCCCAGGGGUCUUGUCCAGCAACGAAGAAAAAGAGCUUGGAGAACGACUUCACUAGGGGCCUCAGACCCAGGUCCCUUUCCCUCAAACUGGGUAGCUCAGUAAAUAAUAACCCCUCACCCACAGCUGCCUUCCCUCCCAGAAACCUAUUGCAAGGCAAGAUUGUUUAGCGAGGGGCACAUCUGAGACAAGGGCCAUGGGGAGGAGGCUUGCUCUGUAGUCUUAUGCUCCCUGAACUUUGAAGGGCUUGGCAGUUCUGCUUUUUUCUACAAUAAA